CACCCAGAUCCAGUGAAUUAGGCAGCUCUGCUGAAGGAGACCGUACUUUAUCAGGCUCUUGCAGCCUCUGACUCUCCUGCAAUGCCUUCAGCCCUUGACACCAACAUGAGGUUCAAGUUCUCGAUCCUUGCUCUUCUUCUAGAAGUGGCCGUCAUUGUUUUGUUUGGGAUAUUUGUGGAAUAUGAAACCAACGGUCCAUCCCACAUACUGCACCCAAUCUUUCAGGAUGUGCAUGUGAUGAUAUUUGUUGGAUUUGGCUUCCUGAUGACCUUUCUGAAGAAAUAUGGAUUCAGCAGUGUUGGUAUCAACAUGCUCAUUGCAGCCUUCGGUCUUCAGUGGGGCACCCUGAUGCAAGGAUUUUGGCAUAUGGAUGCAGGGAAAAUUAUUGUUCGUAUUGAUAGCAUGAUAAAUGCAGACUUCAGUACAGCAACUGCUUUGAUUUCAUUUGGAGCACUCCUGGGGAAAACAAGCCCUGUUCAGAUGCUGAUCUUGACAGUUCUGGAGAUCACAAUUUUUGCAUGCAAUGAACAUCUAGUCACAGGGAUAUUUAAGGCCACAGAUGUUGGAGCCUCAAUGACUAUCCAUGCUUUUGGAGCUUAUUUUGGUUUAGCUGCAAGCCUCGUCUUACAUCGUCCUGGUUUGAAAAACAAGCAUGAAAAUGAAGAAUCUACCUAUCACUCCGACAUAUUUGCCAUGAUUGGUACCCUGUUCCUUUGGAUUUUUUGGCCCACUUUUAACUCCGCCAUUGCAGCUCAAGAUGACAUGACUAAAGCAAUUGUGAACACUUACUACUCCUUGGCUGCAAGUACUGUCGUAACGUUUGCCCUCUCCAGCCUGGUGGAUCAAAGAGGCAAAUUCAGCAUGGUUCUUGUUCAAAACGCCACCCUGGCAGGAGGAGUAGCAGUGGGUACCUGUGCAGACCUGUUAAUCCACCCUUUUGCUGCUAUGUGCAUUGGGGCAAUUGCUGCGAUUAUCUCUGUCCUCGGAUUCCAUUUCCUGACUCCUGUUUUGGCAUCCAAGCUGAACAUUCAUGAUACCUGUGGAGUCCAUAAUUUACAUGGUUUACCUGGAAUACUGGGAGGUAUUGCAGGCAUCGUAGUAACAGCGAUACAAAGUAAAAGUGGGAAAGGUGUCCUGCAUACCCCUGGCAUGCAGGCUGCUGCCCUAGGCAGUACAAUUGGAAUUGCACUGGUUGGCGGUGCAUUGACAGGUGCUAUUCUAAAGCUGCCCUUCCUGGGACAAGCAUCUGACAAGAACUGCUUUGAUGACUCUGUUUAUUGGGAGGUUCCAGAAGAAGAGAAACUGCAUGCAGUUCACUCCAACAACUAUGAUGAGCAGAGCAGAUUUGAAGCUACCAUGUAGAAAAACAAUUCAUCUCUAGCAUACGUCCUAAUGAUCCUCUUUUCAGUUUCUAAAGCUAAAAAACAACAUUCAAGUACCGUCUUAAACAUGCUUGUUUUUCUAAAAGGGGUUGUAAGUAAAAAAAAAAAAAAAAAAAAAAGAGAGAGAGAAGAAAGGAGAAAAUUGAAACUAAAUUAAGGCAAAUUAACUCCACCUGAGAAGUGAUGAUAAUGACUGCUCAGUUAAGAGGCAGAAAGACUGAGGGAACUGAAAGAAUUAUAUGAAAUGUUUGUAUCUAGAAGCAGAAUCACGCAUUUGUGCCUAACUACUUGAGGUAAUCCACUGAGAGACGAUUAAAAUCUCGAAGGAUCA